AAAAGAAAAAUGGUCUGUGACGGCAGUGCCCUGGGCAGGCCCUUUAUUACAUAGACAUGGUUAUGGUCACCACUUCUGGCACCCUCACACUGCACCCUUCAUUCUCUGUCAUAAUCAUAGUUCAACCGUGUAAAAAGGCUUUUACCAUUAUUCCACUCCUUCCCUUCACCUCUCGCUUUUCAGACACCAAACUGUCUGAGGUUUAUUAGGAAACCCUCCUUCCCCACUUUAUCUAACCUUUUUGCUCUCAACUUUCUUUCUGCCUUUCGUUUCACACACCUCCACAAAAUGGAUGAAUGGAAGACAGACGCACACAUUCCGGAGUUUGGGAACUGGGAUUUAACCAAUGACUUUCCAAUCACUCGCUAUUUCGAGUGUGCAACACAGCCCCGUCCGCUUCGUUACACCUCCUCCUCCGCCGAAACUCGUCUCCACAACAAACCUCCUCGCCCCCUUCGAAAUCAUACCAAACAGGAAACUAGGAACAAGGGAAGGAGGUGCCCGCAUGGUAAAGGAAAAGCGUACGUAGACAAGGAACAGUCAAGGAAGCCAAACAGAAGAAGGAAGCAUAUGCAGGUGCAACAAGAGGACAACGUUCGGCGAACUCCCAAACCCGUUGACGAAGAUCUCUACAAGAUCCCUCCCGAACUCCUCCACACCUCCAACAAACGGAAGAAAAUUAUGGGGUUCAUUUCCAAGUGUUUUGUACAGCUUUCGUGUCACGAGAACUGCUAAGCUGGCUGGAAUUGCUGCGAAUGAAUCUGUAACGCUGUGAUUGGAAGGAGAAUUUUGGAGAGAGAACGGAGAAUGUGUAUGACAGUGAUGCUUGUUGGUUUUUAAUAUGGGAUUAAGGGGUGAAUGUAUUUUGGUUUUUUAAAUUUAUGUUUUUGAGGGGAAUAUUAUAUAUAGUUUCCUAAUUCAUUGGAUGAAGUGAGAUUAGGAUGAUUCUGAUACGUGUUGCACGUGGAGUGAGUGAAUGUGAGAGUGUCUAACGUUAAUUAAUACUAAGAGUGAAUGCAGACGUUGCAAUUGGUGGCGGUGUUGUGGUGUCUCUUAUAUUGGAA